GGAAUUAUUUUGCUAAUGCGACUGAGCAAAGACCCUUUUAUUUGUAAACCCUAAAGCGUAUCAAAUGGUUUGGUACGGUAGAGUUUUACUGUCUUAAUUUGAACAAUUCAUGCGCUCGCCCUCAAUCAUAGAGAUGCGCAACAGUUCGUUCGGUUAUUCAUGGGAAAUGCUUUUUCAAGCCAAGUUUAUAUGACUACGAGUCUCCAAUUUCUAUUCCUUGCUCUCACACAAAGAAGGCCGAAUAUUCCAGCUUUUUUUGGAUUCUGUCUCUGAGAAUGGCAGGUGCUAAGGAACAGACAAUGGAUGUUCGGUCGGUGGUGGAAGCAGUAGCAACCGCCGGAGAUGAUGUUGAGAUUGAUACUCCUCUUUAUGUCGUUGAAAGUCUCUGUAUGCGCUGUGGUGAAAAU